CCGGUCUCUUUGUUCAGCUUCAAGCCCACUGUCGAUCGUUGUUCACCGCGGCAGAAAAUGUCUGACGGCGGAGGGGUGGACGAUAAUUCCAGCACCAUGGAAGUGUCGGCUGUCCAGACGGUCGCCGACACCUCGGUGCUGCAGAAACACAUCCGCAAACUCGUCCCGCUGCUACUGGAAGAUGGCGGCGAGGCUCCGGCCUCUCUGGAAACCGCCCUGGAGGAGAAGAGCUCCGUUGAGCAGAUGAGAAAAUUCCUGUCGGAUCCUCAGGUUCACACCAUUCUGGUCGAAAGGAGCUGCCUUAAAGAGGAUGUUGGAGAUGAAGGAGAAGAAGAGAAGGAGUGCAUCUCUUACAACAUCAACAUUGAUAUCCACUAUGGGAUAAAGUCCAAUAGCCUGGCUUUGAUCAAGAGAACUGUUGUCAUCGAUGCAGACAAGCCAAUAUCAACCCAAGUCCGUGUCCUGACCCUGAGUGAGGAUUCUCCCUAUGAGACCCUGCACUCUUUCAUCAGCAAUGCUGUCGCACCUUUCUUUAAGUCCUACAUCCGUGAGUCUGGAAAGGCAGAUAGGGAUGGCGAUAAGAUGGCUCCCUCUGUUGAGAAAAAGAUUGCUGAGCUGGAGAUGGGCCUGCUUCAUCUGCAGCAGAAUAUUGAGAUUCCUGAGAUUAGCCUGCUCAUUCAUCCUACUAUUACCAACAUUGCCAAGCAGUGCUAUGAGCGUGGAGAGAAGCCUAAGGUCACUGACUUUGGGGACAAAGUAGAAGACCCGACAUUCCUGAACCAGUUGCAAUCUGGGGUCAACCGCUGGAUUAGGGAAAUUCAGAAGGUCACAAAACUAGAUCGUGAUCCGGCCUCAGGCACAGCCCUGCAGGAGAUCAGUUUCUGGCUGAACCUGGAGCGGGCCCUGAACAGGAUCCAGGAAAAGAGAGAGAGCCCUGAAGUACUGCUCACUUUGGACAUCCUCAAACAUGGCAAACGUUUCCAUGCUACUGUCAGCUUUGACACUGACACUGGUCUGAAACAGGCAGUAGAGACAGUCAAUGAUUACAAUCCUCUGAUGAAGGACUUCCCACUCAAUGACCUGUUGUCUGCGACGGAGCUGGAUAAGAUCCGGCAAGCUCUGAUGGCCAUAUUCACACACCUGAAAAAGAUCCGGAACACCAAGUAUCCCAUUCAGAGAGCCCUGCGCCUGGUAGAGGCCAUCUCCAGGGAUCUGAGUUCCCAGCUCCUCAAAGUGUUGGGCACCAGGAAGCUCAUGCAUGUUGCCUACGAGGAGUUUGAAAAGGUGAUGGUUGCUUGCUUUGAAGUAUUCCAGACCUGGGAGGAUGAGUAUGAGAAGCUCCAGGUGCUUCUGAGAGACAUUGUGAAGAGAAAGCGAGAGGAGAACCUGAAGAUGGUGUGGCGUCUGAGCCCAGCUCACAGGAAGCUUCAAUCACGUCUGGACCACAUGAGACGUUUCAGAAGGCAGCAUGAACAGUUGCGGGCUGUCAUCGUUCGUGUGCUCAGGCCCCAGAUUUCUGCUGUGCCUCAGCAUGCCCCGGGAGAGACGGUAGAGCCUCAAGAUAUGAAAGUAACUGAAGUCCUGUUUGAUGCAGCCGAUGCGAAUGCCAUUGAAGAGGUCAACCUGGCCUAUGAGAAUGUCAAAGAGGUUGAUGGCCUGGAUGUGUCCAAGGAAGGCAUGGAAGCCUGGGAAGCUGCUAUGAAACGCUAUGAUGAGCGCAUCGACCGCGUGGAGACUCGUAUCACCGCCCGCCUGCGUGACCAGCUGGGAACAGCCAAGAAUGCCAACGAGAUGUUCCGCAUCUUCUCCCGCUUCAAUGCACUCUUCGUGCGCCCCCACAUUCGUGGUGCCAUCCGUGAGUACCAGACACAGCUCAUCCAGCGGGUGAAAGAUGACAUAGAGUCUCUCCAUGACAAGUUCAAGGUUCAGUACCCUCAGAGCCAGGCUUGCAAAAUGAGUCAUGUCCGUGACCUGCCGCCUGUAUCUGGUUCCAUCAUCUGGGCCAAGCAGAUUGACCGUCAGCUGACUGCAUACAUGAAGAGGGUGGAGGAUGUUCUGGGGAAAGGCUGGGAGAACCAUGUGGAGGGCUUGAAGCUAAAGCAGGAUGGAGACAGUUUUAGGGCAAAGCUCAACACACAGGAGAUUUUUGAUGAUUGGGCUCGUAAGGUCCAGCAGCGUAACCUUGGUGUGUCUGGCCGCAUCUUCACCAUUGAGAGCAGCCGCGCCCGUGGACGCCCAGGAAACAUGCUCAAGCUCAAAGUCAAUUUCCUCCCUGAGAUCAUCACUCUGUCCAAAGAGGUCCGGAACCUGAAAUGGUUGAGCUUCCGUGUUCCUCUGGCCAUAGUCAACAAGGCCCACCAGGCUAACCAGCUCUACCCAUUCGCCAUCUCGCUGAUUGAAAGUGUACGCACCUACGAGCGCACAUGUGAGAAGGUGGAGGAGAGGUCCUCCAUCUCUCUGCUGGUGGCAGGACUGAAGAAGGAGGUUCAGGCUUUGGUUACAGAGGGAAUCGCCCUGGUGUGGGAGUCCUACAAGCUGGACCCCUAUGUCCAGAGGCUGGCCGAAACUGUCUUCAACUUCCAGGAGAAGGUGGAUGACCUCCUGCUGAUUGAAGAGAAGAUAGAUCUAGAGGUUCGCUCUCUGGAGACCUGCAUGUUUGAUCAGAAGACCUUUUCCGAGAUUCUCAAUCGUGUCCAAAAGGCUGUGGAUGACCUCAAUCUGCACUCUUACUCCAAUCUGCCCAUCUGGGUCAACAAGCUUGACAAUGAGAUUGAGCGUAUCUUGGGAGUGCGUCUGCAGGCUGGCCUAAGAACCUGGACACAGGUGCUCCGGGGUCAGAUGGAGGACAAAGCCGAUGUGGAUAUGGACACAGAGGCUCCACAAGUCAGCCACAAGCCGGGAGGAGAGCCAAAGAUUAAAAAUGUUGUCCAUGAGCUGAGGAUCACCAACCAAGUCAUCUACCUGAACCCGCCCAUCGAGGACUGUCGCUACAAGCUCUAUCAGGAGAUGUUUUCCUGGAAGAUGGUCAUCCUCUCUCUGCCCAGGAUCCAGAGCCAGAGAUACCAGGUGGGCGUGCAUUACGAGUUGUCAGAGGAGGAGAAGUUCUACCGGAAUGCUCUGACCAGAAUGCCGGAUGGCCCUGCUGCCCUAGAAGAAGCCUACAAAGCAGUUGAAGAUAACGUCAGUGAAGUGGAGCAGUAUGUCAAGGUGUGGCUGCAGUACCAGUGCCUGUGGGAUAUGCAGGCAGAGAAUAUCUACAACCGUCUGGGAGAGGAUCUCACCAAGUGGCAAGCCCUGCUGGUCCAGAUCCGCAAGGCCCGCGGAACCUUCGACAAUGCAGAAACACGCAAGGAGUUUGGACCCGUGGUCAUCGACUAUGGCAAAGUCCAGUCCAAGGUCAACCUGAAGUAUGAUUCCUGGCACAAAGAGGUGCUCAGCAAGUUUGGUCAGAUGCUGGGCCAGAACAUGCAAGACUUCCACUCCCAGAUCUCUAAGUCUCGUCAAGAACUGGAGCAACACUCUGUGGACACAGCCAGUACCUCAGACGCUGUCACUUUCAUAACAUAUGUUCAGACUCUCAAACGCAAGAUCAAACAGUUUGAGAAGAAUGUGGAUUUGUUCCGCAAUGGGCAGCGUCUACUUGAAAAGCAGCGGUUCCAGUUCCCUCCCUCUUGGCUCUAUAUUGACAACAUUGAGGGGGAAUGGGGUGCCUUCAGUGAUAUAAUGAAGCGUAAGGACACUGCCAUCCAGCAACAGGUGGCCAACCUGCAGAUGAAGAUUGUCCAAGAGGACAGGGCAGUGGAGAACCGUACCACCGAUCUGCUCAACGACUGGGAGAAGACCAAACCAGUUGCUGGGAGCCUGCGACCAGAAGAGGCCCUACAGUCUCUCACCAUCUAUGAGGGCAAGUUUGGCCGUCUAAAGGAUGACAGGGAGAAGUGUGCCCGUGCCAAAGAAGCCCUGGAGCUCACAGACACUGGCCUGCUCAGUGGCAGUGAAGAGAGGGUGCAGGUGGCGUUGGAGGAGCUUCAGGACUUGAAGGGGGUAUGGUCUGAGCUGUCUAAGGUCUGGGAGCAAAUUGAUCAGAUGAAGGAGCAGCCAUGGGUGUCUGUUCAGCCACGCAAGCUUCGUCAGAGCCUUGAUGGUCUUCUGAACCAACUUAAGAACUUCCCUGCCAGGCUAAGACAGUAUGCCUCCUAUGAGUAUGUCCAGAGGUUGCUCAAGGGAUACAUGAAGGUAAACAUGCUUGUAAUUGAGCUGAAAUCAGAGGCUCUGAAGGACCGGCACUGGAAGCAGCUGAUGAAGCGUUUGCAUGUGAACUGGGUCCUAUCAGAGCUGACCCUGGGUCAGAUCUGGGAUGUGGACUUGCAGAAGAAUGAGAUGGUCGUGAAAGAUGUCCUUCUUGUGGCCCAGGGAGAGAUGGCUUUGGAGGAGUUCCUUAAGCAGAUUCGUGAGGUAUGGAACUCCUAUGAGCUAGACCUAGUGAACUACCAGAACAAGUGUCGCCUGAUCAGAGGCUGGGAUGACCUCUUCAACAAGGUGAAGGAGCACAUUAACAGUGUGUCUGCCAUGAAGCUGUCCCCAUACUACAAGGUGUUUGAAGAAGAUGCCCUCAGCUGGGAAGACAAGCUGAAUCGCAUCAUGGCCCUGUUUGAUGUGUGGAUUGAUGUCCAGCGCCGUUGGGUUUACCUGGAAGGAAUCUUCACAGGCAGUGCUGACAUCAAACACCUGCUUCCUGUAGAGACCCAGAGGUUCCAGAGUAUCAGCACAGAGUUCCUUGCGCUGAUGAAAAAGGUGACAAAGUCCCCUCUGGUGAUGGAUGUGCUGAACAUACAGGGGGUCCAGAGAUCCCUAGAGAGACUGGCUGACUUGCUUGGCAAAAUCCAGAAGGCCCUUGGAGAAUACCUGGAAAGAGAGAGGUCCUCAUUCCCCAGGUUCUACUUUGUGGGAGAUGAGGACCUGCUUGAAAUCAUUGGCAACAGCAAGAAUGUGCCCAAAUUGCAGAAGCACUUCAAAAAGAUGUUUGCUGGGGUCUCCAGCAUCCUGCUCAAUGAGGACAGCACGGUGGUGUUGGGUAUCUCAUCCCGUGAGGGGGAGGAGAUCCACUACAAGACACCAGUCUCCAUUACCGAUCACCCAAAGAUCAACGAGUGGCUGACAUUGGUGGAGAAGGAGAUGAGGGUGACAUUGGCCAAACUGCUGGCUGAGUCAGUCACAGAGGUCACUGCCUUCAACCAGGGUACAGCCAUCGACCUGAGCCAGUACAUCAACUGGAUUGACCGUUACCAGGCCCAGCUAGUGGUCCUGUCUGCCCAGAUUGCCUGGUCUGAGAACAUUGAAUUGGCCCUGACCACUAUUUCCGGUGGUGGGGACAUGGCACCCAUGCAAAGUGUGCAGUCCAACGUUGAGGCCACACUGAAUGUGUUGGCUGACACUGUGCUGAUGGAGCAGCCACCACUCCGCAGAAGAAAACUGGAGCAUCUGAUCACAGAGCUGGUGCACCAGCGGGACGUGACCAGGAGACUAAUCAAGAACAAGAUAGACAACCCCAAGUCCUUCGAGUGGCUCAGCCAAAUGCGCUUUUAUUUUGACCCAAAGCAAACUGAUGUCCUGCAGCAGCUGUCCAUUCAGAUGGCCAACGCCAAGUUCAACUAUGGCUUCGAGUAUCUGGGUGUCCAAGACAAGCUGGUCCAGACCCCCCUGACCGACCGCUGCUAUCUUACCAUGACCCAGGCCCUAGAGGCCCGCCUUGGAGGAUCACCAUUUGGUCCUGCCGGAACGGGAAAGACUGAGUCAGUGAAGGCUCUGGGCCACCAGCUAGGCCGCUUUGUCCUUGUCUUCAAUUGUGACGAGACCUUUGACUUCCAGGCCAUGGGUCGUAUCUUCGUGGGUCUGUGCCAGGUGGGAGCAUGGGGCUGUUUCGAUGAGUUCAAUCGUUUGGAGGAGAGGAUGCUCUCUGCUGUCUCCCAGCAGGUCCAGUAUAUCCAGGUGGCCCUGAGGGAGCACAGCAAUCCCAACCGGGACAGGAGUGCGCCCAUCACCACAGAGCUCCUGAACAAGCAGGUGAAGGUCAGCCCAGACAUGGCCAUCUUCAUCACCAUGAACCCUGGCUAUGCUGGACGUUCCAACCUGCCCGACAACCUGAAGAAACUAUUCCGCAGCUUGGCCAUGACCAAGCCUGACCGCCAGCUCAUCGCCCAGGUCAUGCUGUACUCCCAGGGCUUCCGCACUGCUGAGAUCUUGGCCAAAAAGAUAGUGCCCUUCUUCAAGCUGUGCGACGAGCAGCUGUCAUCUCAGAGUCACUAUGACUUUGGCCUCCGUGCUCUCAAGAGCGUGUUAAUCAGUGCUGGCAAUGUAAAACGUGAGCGCAUCCAGAGGAUCAAGAGGGAGAAACGUGAACGUGGGGAAAAUGUUGAUGAGAAUGAGAUUGCUGAGAACCUUCCAGAGCAGGAGAUCCUGAUCCAGAGUGUAUGUGAGACCAUGGUCCCCAAACUAGUGGCUGAGGACAUCCCGCUGCUCUUCAGCCUGCUGUCCGAUGUCUUCCCUGGAGUCCAGUACCACCGUGGGGAAAUGAAUGCUCUGAGAGAGGAACUGAAGAAGGUCUGCAUGGAGAUGUACCUCACCUAUGGAGAUGGUGAUGAUGUAGGCAGCAUGUGGGUGGAGAAGGUGCUUCAGCUUUAUCAGAUCACCCAGAUCAACCAUGGACUGAUGAUGGUGGGUCCCUCAGGCAGCGGGAAGACCAUGGCCUGGAGGGUACUGCUCAAGGCCCUGGAAAGGCUGGAGGGGGUGGAGGGCGUGGCCCACAUUAUCGACCCCAAGGCCAUCAGCAAGGACCACCUGUAUGGAACCCUGGACCCCAACACCCGCGAGUGGACCGAUGGCUUGUUCACACACAUCCUCAGGAAAAUCAUUGACAAUGUACGUGGUGAGCUGCAGAAGCGCCAGUGGAUCAUCUUUGAUGGCGACGUAGACCCAGAAUGGGUUGAGAAUCUCAACUCCGUCCUCGAUGACAACAAGCUGCUUACUCUUCCCAAUGGAGAGCGUCUCAGCCUGCCACCCAAUGUGAGAAUCAUGUUUGAAGUACAGGACCUGAAGUAUGCCACCCUGGCUACUGUGUCUCGCUGUGGUAUGGUCUGGUUCAGUGAGGACGUCCUCAGCACUGACAUGAUUUUCAACAACUUCCUGGCUCGCCUCCGCAGCAUCCCGUUGGACGAAGGAGAAGAUGAGGCUCAGCGCAUGAGGAAAGGCUCCGAGGAGGAGGAAGAGACGGUGUCAGCCAUGCUGCAGAUCCAGCGUGAUGUUGCAAGCGUUUUGCAGCCUUACUUCACCUCCACGGGGCUGGUGAUCAAAGCUCUGGAGCAUGCCUCCAAGAUGGAGCACAUCAUGGACUUCACCAGACUGCGUUGCCUGGGCUCUCUGUUCUCCAUGAUGCAUCAGGCCUGCCGGAAUGUUGCCCUGUACAACAACAACCAUCCUGACUUCUCCAUGCCCAUUGACCAGCUGGAGAGAUACAUGCAGAGAUAUGUGAUCUAUGCUGUGCUGUGGUCUUUCUCUGGUGACGGACGGUUGAAGAUAAGGGGGGAGCUUGGGGAGUACAUUCGCCGCAUCACCACUGUGCCCCUCCCCUCUGCUCCCAAUGUCCCCAUCAUUGACUAUGAGGUAUGCAUCUCAGGUGAGUGGCAGUCCUGGCAGGUCAAGGUUCCCCAGAUUGAGGUGGAGACUCAUAAGGUGGCUUCCCCAGAUGUGGUGGUUCCCACUCUGGACACCGUUCGCCAUGAAGCCUUGCUCUACACCUGGCUGGCUGAACACAAGCCACUUGUGCUGUGUGGACCUCCAGGCUCUGGAAAAACCAUGACACUGUUCAGCGCCCUAAGGGCCCUGCCUGAUAUGGAGGUUGUGGGUCUGAACUUCUCUAGUGCCACCACCCCAGAGUUGCUGCUGAAGACCUUCGACCACUACUGCGAAUACCGCCGUACCCCCAACGGAGUGGUCCUCUCCCCUGUCCAGCUGGGCAAAUGGCUGGUACUGUUUUGUGAUGAGAUCAAUCUGCCAGACAUGGACAAGUACGGCACGCAGAGGGUCAUCUCCUUCAUCAGACAGAUGGUGGAGCAUGGAGGGUUCUACCGCACCUCAGACCAGACCUGGGUCAAACUGGAGAGAAUCCAGUUUGUAGGAGCCUGUAAUCCUCCUACCGACCCUGGCAGAAAGCCCCUCACACACAGGUUCCUGCGUCAUGUUCCUGUGGUGUAUGUGGACUAUCCUGGCCCUGCAUCUCUCACCCAGAUCUAUGGGACAUUCAACCGUGCCAUGCUGCGCCUCAUCCCCUCUCUGCGCACCUAUGCUGAACCCCUCACUGCUGCCAUGGUGGAGUUCUACACCAUGUCUCAGGAGCGUUUCACCCAGGACACACAGCCUCAUUACAUCUACUCUCCCAGAGAGAUGACACGCUGGGUGAGGGGCAUAUUUGAGGCCUUGCGGCCCCUGGAAACCCUACCUGUGGAAGGGCUUAUCCGCAUCUGGGCCCACGAGGCCCUGCGUCUUUUCCAGGACAGGCUGGUUGGGGAUGAAGAAAGACGCUGGACAGACGAGAACAUUGACGUGGUAGCUCUCAAGCACUUCCCCAACAUCGAUAAGGAGAAGGCUCUUAACAGACCUAUCCUCUACAGCAACUGGCUGUCCAAGGACUACAUUCCAGUGGAGCAGGAAGAGUUGAGAGACUAUGUGAAGGCUCGUCUGAAGGUCUUCUAUGAAGAGGAGCUUGAUGUUCCUCUUGUGCUGUUCAACGAGGUGCUAGAUCAUGUCCUCAGGAUUGACCGAAUCUUCCGUCAGCCCCAGGGUCACCUUCUACUGAUUGGCGUGAGCGGAGCAGGAAAGACCACCUUGUCUCGCUUCGUUGCCUGGAUGAAUGGACUGAGUGUCUACCAGAUCAAGGUGCAUAGAAAGUACACUGGGGAGGACUUUGAUGAGGAUCUACGUACGGUACUGCGUCGCUCUGGCUGCAAGAACGAGAAGAUCGCCUUCAUCAUGGAUGAGUCCAAUGUGCUGGACUCGGGCUUCCUGGAGAGAAUGAACACAUUGCUGGCCAACGGGGAGGUUCCUGGUCUGUUUGAGGGAGAUGAGUAUGCAACCCUGAUGACCCAGUGUAAGGAGGGAGCUCAAAAGGAGGGCCUGAUGCUGGACACACAUGAAGAGCUUUACAAGUGGUUCACUAGCCAGGUCAUCAGGAACCUGCACGUUGUCUUCACUAUGAAUCCCUCAUCAGAGGGCCUGAAGGAUAGGGCUGCCACAUCACCUGCCCUUUUCAACAGGUGUGUGCUGAACUGGUUUGGAGACUGGUCCACAGAGGCUCUUUACCAGGUGGGUAAGGAGUUCACCAGUAAGAUGGACUUGGAGAAGCCCAACUACAAGGUGCCAGACUACAUGCCCAUCAUCUACGACAAAAUGCCCCAGCCUCCUACUCACCGUGAGGCCAUUGUCAAUGGCUGCGUGUUCGUACACCAGACACUGCAUCAGGCCAACAGCCGUCUGGCAAAGCGCGGCGGUCGCACCAUGGCCAUCACUCCUCGCCACUACCUAGACUUCAUCAACCACUAUGCCAACUUGUUCAACGAGAAACGCAGUGAGCUUGAGGAGCAGCAGAUGCACCUUAACGUUGGUCUCCGCAAGAUCAAGGAGACUGUGGACCAGGUGGAGGAGCUACGCCGUGAUCUGAGAAUCAAGAGCCAGGAGCUGGAGGUGAAGAAUGCUGCUGCCAAUGACAAGCUUAAGAAAAUGGUCAAGGACCAGCAGGAGGCUGAAAAGAAAAAGGUGAUGAGUCAGGAGAUCCAGGAAGCUGUGUACAAGCAGCAGGAAGUGAUCAAGGACAAACAGCUGAGUGUCAAGGAGGACUUGGACCAGGUGGAGCCUGCUGUAAUUGAAGCUCAAAAUGCUGUUAAGUCCAUCAAGAAGCAGCACCUGGUAGAGGUGCGUUCUAUGGCCAACCCACCCGGGGCCGUGAAGCUGGCCCUGGAGUCCAUCUGCCUGCUCCUUGGAGAGAGCACCACAGACUGGAAACAGAUCCGCUCCAUCAUCAUGAGGGAGAACUUUAUCCCCACCAUCGUCAACUUCUCUGCUGACGAAAUCAGUGACUCCAUCCGUGAAAAGAUGAAGAAGAAUUACCUCUCUAACCCUUCGUACAACUAUGAGCAGGUCAAUCGAGCCUCCCUUGCCUGUGGACCUAUGGUGAAAUGGGCCAUUGCUCAGCUGAACUAUGCUGACAUGCUGAAGCGUGUGGAGCCUUUGCGUAACGAGCUGCAGAAGCUCGAAGAUGAUGCCAAGGACAACAAGUCAAAGGCAGAGGAAGUGGAACAGAUGAUCAAAGACCUGGAGGCCAGCAUUGCUCGCUACAAGGAGGAGUAUGCCAUUCUCAUCUCAGAGGCCCAGGCCAUCAAGGCUGACUUGGCUGCAGUUGAGGCUAAGGUAAACCGCAGCACAGCGCUGCUAAAGAGCUUGUCAGCUGAGAGGGAGCGUUGGGAGCAGACCAGCGAGACAUUCAAGAACCAGAUGUCCACCAUUGCUGGAGACUGUCUGCUCUCUGCGGCGUUCAUUGCCUAUGCUGGCUACUUUGAUCAGCAGAUGAGGCAGAAUUUGUUCACCACCUGGUCUCAUCACCUGCAGCAAGCCAACAUCCAGUUCCGCACAGACAUUGCCAGGACGGAGUACCUUUCCAAUGCAGACGAGAGGCUCCGCUGGCAGGCCAACUCCCUCCCAGCUGAUGACCUAUGUACUGAGAAUGCCAUCAUGCUGAAGAGGUUCAAUAGGUACCCACUGAUCAUCGAUCCUUCAGGCCAGGCCACGGAGUUCAUAAUGAAUGAGUACAAGGACCGCAAGAUCACCAGAACCAGCUUCCUGGACGAUGCCUUCAGGAAGAACCUGGAGAGCGCCCUACGUUUCGGAAACCCGCUGCUGGUUCAGGACGUGGAGAGCUACGACCCCAUCUUGAACCCUGUCCUGAACAGAGAGGUCCGCAGGACUGGAGGACGUGUCCUCAUCACCCUGGGCGACCAGGACAUCGAUCUGUCACCUUCCUUUGUAAUCUUCCUCUCCACACGAGACCCAACGGUCGAGUUCCCUCCGGACCUGUGUUCUCGUGUGACAUUUGUCAACUUCACGGUGACGCGCAGCAGUCUGCAGAGUCAAUGUCUUAAUGAGGUCCUCAAAGCUGAGCGGCCUGAUGUGGACGAGAAGCGCUCUGACCUCCUCAAACUGCAGGGUGAGUUCCAGCUUCGUCUGCGACAGCUAGAAAAAUCCCUUCUGCAGGCACUCAAUGAGGUCAAGGGUCGUAUUCUCGAUGACGAUACCAUCAUCACCACCCUGGAGAACCUGAAGAAAGAAGCCGCUGAAGUGACAAGAAAGGUGGAGGAGACAGAUAUCGUUAUGGCCGAGGUGGAGGCAGUGUCACAGCAGUACUUGUCUCUUUCCUCUGCCUGCAGCAGCAUCUACUUCACCAUGGAGGCCCUCAACCAGAUACACUUCCUGUACCAGUAUUCACUUCAUUUCUUCUUGGACACAUACCACACUGUCCUGUAUGAGAACCCCAACCUCAAGAGCAUUAGUGACCACACCCAGAGACUGGCCCUUAUUACCAAGGACCUCUUCCAGGUGGCAUUCAACAGAGUAGCUAGAGGUAUGCUACACCAGGACCACAUUACAUUCGCCAUGCUGCUGGCUAGGAUCAACCUCAAAGGCAUGACCAAUGAGCCCUCGUUCGAUGCAGAAUACCAGCACUUUCUGCGUGGCAAGGAGAUCGUCCUGACCGGCAUGACCUUACCCAAGGUAAAGGGUCUGACCACUGACCAGAGUGAGGCCAUGGUCCGCCUUAGCCGCAUGCCAGCCUUCAAAGACCUGGUUGGCAAAGUCGAGGCUGAUGAGCAAUUCUUCAUGUGGCUUGAAAGCAACACCCCUGAGUUGUCUGUUCCUUACCUGUGGUCAGAAGAGAAGCAGUCCUCUUCCAUUGGCCAGGCAGUUCACCAGCUGCUACUGAUCCAGGCCUUCCGUCCGGACCGCCUUUUGGCCAUGUCUCACAUCCUUGUUGCCAAAGUGCUAGGAGAGACCUAUAUGAACAUCAUUGAGCAACCGCUUGACCUGGCUAACAUCGUGGACAGUGAGGUGAAGCCCAGCACUCCAGUGCUGAUGUGUUCUGUGCCAGGGUACGAUGCAAGUGGCCUGGUCAGAGAUCUCGCUGCAGAGCAGAACAAACACAUCACUUCUAUCUCCAUCGGUUCUGCUGAGGGCUUCAAUAAGGCUGACAGAGACAUUAACACCGCUGUCAAGUCUGGCAGGUGGGUCAUGUUAGAAAACGUCCAUCUUGCUCCUGCCUGGCUGAUGCAGCUAGAGAAAAAGCUCCACUCCAUGCAGCCUCAUGCCUGCUUCAGACUCUUCCUUACUAUGGAGAUCAAUCCUAAGGUGCCUGUGAACCUUCUACGUGCUGGCCGCAUCUUCGUGUUUGAGCCUCCUCCUGGCGUCAAGGCCAACAUGCUGAGGACUUUCAGCAGCAUCCCAGUGGCUCGCAUGUGCAAGGCUCCCAACGAGCGGGCACGUCUUUACUUCCUGCUGGCCUGGUUCCAUGCUGUCAUCCAGGAGCGUCUGCGUUAUGCCCCGCUGGGCUGGUCCAAGAAGUAUGAGUUUGGAGAGUCUGAUCUGCGCUCUGCGUGCGACACAGUUGACACAUGGCUAGAUGACACUGCUAAGGGUCGUCAGAACAUCUCACCUGACAAGAUUCCCUGGGCAGCCCUGAAGACUUUGAUGGCCCAGUCCAUCUAUGGUGGACGAAUUGACAACGAGUUUGACCAGCGGCUGCUUAUUACGUUCUUGGAACGCAUCUUCACCACUGGCAGCUUUGACAGCGAGUUCAAACUGGCUCUCAAAGUAGACGGACACAAGGACAUCAAGAUGCCUGAUGGUAUUCGACGUGAGGAGUUCAUGCACUGGGUAGAGAUGCUUCCUGACACCCAGACUCCAGCUUGGCUUGGUCUUCCUAGCAAUGCUGAGAAAGUCUUGCUCACUACUCAGGGCAUUGACAUGAUGGGUAAGAUGCUGAAAAUGCAGAUGUUGGAGGAUGAGGAUGACCUUGCCUAUGAGACUGAGAAAAAGCAGCGCACUGCGUCAUCGUCUGAUGCCCAGCCAGCCUGGAUGAGGACCCUCCAUACCACAGCCUGCAACUGGCUGCAGCUGAUACCCCAGAGUGUCAGCCCUCUCAAACGCACUGUGGAGAACAUCAAGGACCCACUCUUCCGUUUCUUUGAGCGUGAGGUGAAGAUGGGUGGCAAAAUGCUGCAGGAGAUCCGUCAGGACCUAUCGGAUGUGGUCCAUGUUUGUGAGGGCAAGAAGAAACAGACCAAUGACCUUCGCACGCUCAUCAAUGACCUUGUCAAAGGUAUCCUCCCUCGCAGCUGGUCCCGCUACACAGUCCCAGCAUCCAUGACUGUGAUUCAGUGGGUGGCGGACUUCAGUGACAGAAUUAAACAGCUGCAGCAGAUCUCCCAGGCAGCAGCCAGCGGGGGUGCCAAGGAGCUAAAGAACAUCCAUGUUUGCCUGGGCAGCUUGUUUGUGCCGGAGGCUUAUAUCACUGCCACCCGCCAGUAUGUGGCCCAGGCAAACAGCUGGUCUCUGGAAGAGCUGUGUCUGGAGGUCAAUGUCACCACUGCCCAGAGCGCAGCACUUGAUGCCUGCAGCUUCGGCAUUAAAGGUCUGAAACUGCAAGGGGCAACGUGUGCAAACAACAAGCUCUCUCUGUCUACCACCAUCUCAACCGAGCUGCCUCUUACUCAGCUCCGCUGGGUGAAGCAGGGCACUGGCGAGAAGAGACACACGGUGACUCUGCCAGUGUACCUGAAUUUCACCAGGUCCGAUCUCAUCUUCACAGUGGACUUUGAUAUUGCCACCAAGGAGGACCCGCACAAUUUCUAUGAACGUGGAGUUGCCGUCUUGUGCACUGAGUAGAUAAAGCAUCUUGGGGGUAGAGAAGUCUUGCUGAACAAACUGCACUUAACCACCUAUAUUCAUGGCCUAUUAAUCAACCUUAAAAAGUAGUCUGUAGUCAUUCUAUUCCAACACUAGAUGUAGUUACUGGGGACUGUUUUAUUCUACUUGCAUUAAUUUGUAUGGUUUCGGGAUUGUUUCUUAGAAGGUAUCAGGAAUGUUGUCAGUUGGUCUGCGAGAGGAGAAAAUGAGACGUGUGGAAAAGAGGAAGUUGUGGAAGUAAUGCAUUGUGUUUACGAAAGAACAUGUAGGUUUUUAUGAUGGAAAAGAAACUAAAAUAAAAUUGUAUCGUGAUUUCAA